AUGGCGGCUCCACGAAAACCUCCUAUCCAACCCGCAGGUGGCCCAAGACGUACAACAAGCCCUGACGAACUACUUCACCGAGAACUUACCACAGGACACAUCCCCCCUCUUGACAUGGGAGGCCCACAAGUGUGUGAUAAGUGUGGGAUUCUCAUCUCACACUCCUCUGCCCUGAAGAAGGCACGGGACCACACGAUCCGAGAACUAACGGCCAAGAUAGGGACCCUAACACAGGCCCACAAGCAAACACUAGACAACACACUUCUCGGGGAACUCACAGCAGCCCGUGAAGAACUAGCACGGACCCUGCGGCAAUCGUACACUAGGGCCCUCCAGCGCACUAAAUCAUUCUUCUACACAGAAGGGGAUAAGUGCGGCAGGUUGCUGGCCAGAAUGAUCAACAAAAAACGCUCCAUGACAUAUAUUGCAC